AUGAAAUUGGUAUUUAGCACACUUCUCAUUUUGGUAGCUGCAAUUGCUAUUGUUUCAGCCCAAAAUUGUAAAUUGAAUGCUUAUGGUAAAAACUAUGAUUUCUCCAAGUUAGCAAAUUCUACAUCAUGGUCAGUUCAAGAUGCUUCUAAAGCCACAUACUAUUUCAAUAUUUGUCAAACUGCCUCAAAAUGUACAACUAUUAACCCACAAUGUUCUGUAUGUCAACAGGGACCAACUGAUACACAACCAAAAGCUGAUUGUGGUCAUGUCAAUGCUAUUGUCAAUUCUUUAAGCAAUGGCGUUGCUGGUGGUUAUAUUACAUACACUGGUGGUAGCACCUGUAAAUCAGGUACCAUUGUCAGAAGUACACAAAUUCAAAUGAUGUGUACCUCUGGACCAACUCAAAUUCUGAGUGCAACUGAGAUCUCCACCUGUACAUUCACCAUCAAACUCAACAGUAAUUUGGCCUGUCCAACACAAGCAGCAACAACAACAACAACGACAUCAAGUUCGUGGAAUAGUACAACUGGAUCUCCAACAUCGAGCUCAUGGAAUAGCACAACAACAAGUUCUGCAACUGGAUCGCCAACAACGAGCUCAUGGAACAGUACAACAGGAGCACCAUUCACUACCGAUGGAACAACAACAUUCAGUCCAACAACAACCACAACCACUUCACCAAGCAACGGAAGUGUUACUACCCAUACCACAACUACCAGUGAUGAUUAUCUUACCACAACAAACACAGUUACAACCAGAGUGAAUUACGAUUCAUAUGUUGUGAUUAAUACAACAACUGUAUCGAGUGACACUGCAACAUUUACAAUAACAGUCACAACAAUCAAAUCUGGUGAAAUCUCGAAUAUCGUCACAACCACAACCUACACCGAAGGAACAUCGACCACCACCGACACUCAAACACAAAAGAAACGUCUUGGUUUGAACAUUUCACCAGAAGAGAUUGAACCAUCUAAAACCAACGACUCUUCAUCUUUGAAAUCAAAUUCCUUGAUUUUAAUCGUGAUUUCUGCAUUCAUUUUACUUCUAUCAUCUUUUUAA